AUGCCGCACGUCAAAGGAGUGGUGGCCGCCCUAGCCACUCUCUCCCUAGUGAAUUCCGCUACCACGCAGAAUAACCAGGGAGGCAGGGUCAUCCAAAACGAUACUUACUUCUAUGGCCAAAGCCCUCCGGUUUAUCCUACUCCCGAAAUUUCUGGCAGUGGGGACUGGGAUGAGGCGUUUUUCAAGGCACAAGCGUUGGUCUCACAGAUGUCCUUGGAGGAGAAGGUCCAUCUUACAGGAGGCUCGAAGAAUGAAACCAGCGCGUGCGGUGGUUAUAUCUCCGGUAUAAGCCGCCUGGGGUUCCCGGGCAUGUGUCUCCAAGACGGCCCGGCUGGGCUUAGAGGUACUGAGGGGGUCAAUGGCUAUCCGGCCAACGUCCAUGUUGGUGCAAGCUGGAAUAAGUCCCUCGCCUAUGACCGGGCGUAUGCAAUUGCGGGUGAAUUUAAAAGGAAGGGUGCUACUGUGAUUCUGGGACCAGCAGUGCUCGGCCCACUGGGUAGGAUUGCCCUUGGAGGACGGAAUUGGGAGAGUUAUGGUGUCGACCCAUAUCUCAGCGGCAUUUUGGGAGCACAGUCGGUAAAGGGAACCCAGGAUGGAGGUGUGAUCUCGUGCACUAAGCAUUUAAUUGGAAAUGAGCAAGAAACAGCCCGCAAUCCGCAAACUGACCAAAGAACCAAGCACACAAUCGAGUCAUCCUCAUCCAACAUAGAUGACAAGACCAUGCAUGAAAUGUAUUUGUGGCCCUUUGCGGACGCUGUUCAUGCCGGAACUGCUAGUAUCAUGUGCUCGUAUCAGCGUCUGAACAACAGCUAUGGAUGCCAAAACAGCAAACUCUUGAAUGGUCUUCUCAAGACAGAGCUAGGCUUCCAGGGCUUUGUUGUGACUGAUUGGACAGCCCAUAGAUCAGGAGUGGCAAGUGCCCUAGCUGGCCUUGACAUGACCAUGCCCUAUGGGAGCACAUUCUGGGGAUCACAGCUGGUUGAAGCUGUCCGCAAUGGCACAGUCCCUGAGUCACAGGUUGAAGAUAUGGUGACCAGAAUCCUUGCUGCCUGGUACUACAGCCACCAGGAUGAUCCAAGUGUUCCCCCAGUUGGAGUGGGUCUUCCUUACGAUGUUCUAAGCUCACACGAGCUAGUAGAUGCUCGAGAUCCUGAAGACACAAGUACUCUUAUGGAGGGAGCAAUCCAAGGCCAUGUGCUUGUGAAAAAUGUCGACAAGGCCCUCCCGCUUAUAAAGCCACGCAUGCUUGCUGUCUAUGGAUAUGAUGCUAAGACACCUGAAAAAAACAACCCUAGCAGUGGGAUGGGCGAUUGGUCCCUGGGAUUUGAGUCGAACGACCAUCGAACGGUAAUUUGCGGAUUCGGGCCUGACGGUGGAAAGUGCCCACCUUUCUCUCCAAUUGCCAACGGAACCUUGAUGGGCGGCGGAGGCUCCAGCUCCAUCAGUCCCUUCUAUGUUGACAGUCCAUUGCAAGCGCUGGCAGCACGUGCGCGGAAAGAUGAGACGCAGCUAUUCUGGGACGUUGAAAACUCAGCCAGCAGCGUCCCCGGAUCAACCGACGCGUGUUUGGUUUUCAUCAAUGCCUUCUCCUCUGAGGGAGUUGACCGCCCGAGCCUUCGCGAUGACUACUCAGACGCAUGGGUGCAGAAUGUCGCUUCCCAGUGUCAGAACACCAUCGUUGUGGUGCACAACGCCGGAAUCCGCCUGGUAGACCAGUGGAUCGACCACCCCAAUAUCACUGCUGUCAUUCUCGCCCACCUCCCCGGCCAGAACUCUGGUGAGGCCAUCACCCAAAUCCUCUACGGCGACGUCAGCCCCAACGGGAAACUUCCCUACACCAUUGCCCGGAACGAAUCCGACUACGGCGCAAUCCUCGAACCAGUCAUCACCACGACCAACAGCUGGGACCGAUACUACUUGCAGGAUAACUUCACAGAGGGUGUUUACAUCGACUACCGCGCCUUCGAUGAGGGUGAUAUCAAGCCCCGUUUCGAAUUCGGCUUCGGUCUCACAUACACCACAUUCAAGUACUCUAACCUGAAAAUCGAGAACAGUGUCGAUCUGUCGACCUUGUCCCCCUUCCCCGAUGGCGAUAUCAUCCCCGGUGGCCACGCAGACCUCUGGGACACCAUCGCCACUGUCACUGCUGAUGUGACCAACACCGGCGAUAUGCCAGCUGCAGAAGUUGGCCAGCUUUACGUCACAAUCCCAAGUGACGGCCAGCCCAUGAAGCAGCUGCGUGGAUUUGACAAGAUUAUGGUUCGUCCAGGUGAGACGAAGACCUUUGAAUUUGAGCUUCGGAGGCGGGAUCUCAGUGUUUGGGAUGUCGCUGCGCAGCAGUGGAAAUUGCUUUCUGGUUCUGAGUAUCAAUUAUCUGUUGGAGCGAGCUCUGUCACGGCGCUCUACUAG